UUUCCUCCACAUAAAAAGAAAAAGUCUCUGUUCGCGCGCCCGCUUUUCGUGUGUUUAACUUGUUUCUGGAAAUGCAAUUUGAAAAUCGCCAUUGAAAGUGGUACAAAUGGACCAUGUCACCUGUUAAUUACUCUUCGAUUUUUCGAAUUUAGUAUUUUGGUCGUGAUCACGGAUGGGUCGCAGCGAGCAUCGCAUCCGAAAAAAGAAGAGGACCGGAAAACUGCUAUAGAAAGAGCCUGCAACAAAUGGCUUAUCAUCCUCUGGAUGGGAAAUGCAUCUAAAAAAUUGGAAGUAAUUCUUGUUACUAUUUUGUUACUAUGCCCGCAUUUAGAGUUUGUAGCAUGUAUUGAUUUCAUUAUAAAAGUUAGAUAUAUUUUCGUUGUAUUUAUUUCAAUGACUUUCUUAGUGUUGUAUUGGUCAAACAACGCUGAUGUGUCACAAAUGUCGCUUUUCUUUAAA